UUCAUGGCAAAAUCCGUCGACUGAGCUGGUACGCGUCACAUUGUGCGGACGGGAGAAAAAAAAAGAGAUAAAUUUUGUGUCUUGUUUUUUUUUCCGUUUCGUUUUGUUUACGAACGUGUUAAUAUAGGUACUAUUAUAUACUUGACGAAGCGUGCCCGUGCGUACUUGCUUGCAAGCGAACAGCCCGCCUUGUGUGUGCGUGUGUGUGUGUGUGUGUGUGUAUGUGUGUGAUAAUAAUGUUUUCGUAACGGAAUCUGGAAUACCGUGUACGAUGAUGUCGCGAACAAUCGCGUUUGGUGUUUUUCGCGAAGGUCACAUGACCAACGUCUCGGGCAGUCGCCGCCAAAACUAGUAGUAGUAGUAGUAGUAAAUAAUAAUAAUAAAUUAGUAUAUAUAUCGAGUUGUCCGUUAAUCGCCGAGUGAUCAGCCUGACAACGCAAUCAUCGCGCGCGCAUCUUCCUGCUGCCAAAAGGGGGCAGACACUGAUUAUACAGCGACGACAACGACCGAUACAAUAAUAAUAAUAAUAAUAAUAAUCACAGUAUAGGUAUAUAAGAAUUUAUUUAUUUUGUUUUUGUUGUGGUGUACUCGCGCGCCUUCAGUGCGUGUGAGCGUUAACGGUCGUAAGUGAUAAUACGCCGACGGUGGAUCAUUGUGGCGCGCAAUGUCUGGCAGGCCCAAGCGCAGGGGCCGUCCCCCGAAAACCGGCGGGACGGACAAACCGAAAUUCCAAAUGCACUUGUUGAAGAAGCCCAAGUACUUGCAAAACGCGGACACGACCGUCGUCGCCUCUCCAGUGCCCGCAGCAGGUACUCCUACGGCGUUGACGGGCCGUGCAGCAUCACGCCGUAGCGUCCAGGCAUCGGUACGAUCGUCGCCCGGUGUCACUCCGACGAGGGCCACUCGACGAGCCAGUCAAAAGUGUACGCCCAAAUCGGUCGCCAAACCCAAGACUCCUCGAGCACCUCCGUCGACCAACUCUAAGAAGAAAAAAGCCGCUGACAAGGCUAAUGAGUAUCACUAUGGUUCCGAUUUCGAAGAGUCCGAAAAGUCAGAUUUGUCCUCGGACAGUGACCAAUCCGACACCAAUGUGGAAGACGUGGACGACGUCAGCGAUAGUGAUUUUUCUCUGUCUGGAUUUUCGGUCGCCAGCCGAGCGCGUAAGAGUAACGUCUCUUACAUUCGUAAUCCUAGCCCUGAACCGUUGUGGGUUAGAGAUGAAGAAAUUCCCAAACUGGAAUUGCCUAAAUCGUCCGAAGAUCUUCUUGUGCCUACUGAACACGUAAUGCAAUCGUUAUGUAUUUACGAAGUAUUAAGGCGAUUUAAAAGCCAGGUACGAUUGUCACCGUUCCGGUUUGAAGAUCUAUGUGCAGCUCUGAUGUACGAAGAGCAAAGCUAUCUUUUAGCCGAAAUACACAUGAUGCUCUUGAAAGCUAUUCUGCGUGAGGAAGACUUACUGCAGACUCAUUAUGGAGCUAUUGAUCAAAAGGACAGCAUCAAUAGUAUUUUGUAUUUCAUGGACACUAUCACUUGGCCUGAAGUGUUAAAAGAUUAUAUCGAAUCUGAUAAGUCAUUCGAUCCUAAGGUGUUGAAAGUGUUUAAUAACGGAGACGAGUAUCCAUUUACUAGUGUUAAAAACCGAUUGACGGUAUUGCAGUUUUUGACUGAUCAGUUUUUAACCACUACACCCAUACGUGAAGGUUUUGUACCUGAAGGCCAUAGUUUCCAAUAUGAUGACCAUUGCCGAGUGUGCCAUAAAGUAGGAGAUCUUUUAUGUUGUGAAACUUGUCCGGCUGUUUUUCAUUUGGAAUGUGCAGAACCACCAUUGCACGAUGUUCCUACAGAAGAUUGGCAAUGUAAUUUGUGUAAAGAGCAUAAAAUCAUCGGAGUUUCCGAUUGUACUCCAGAUGAUGAGAAAUCUGGACUAUCGUCCCGCCAAGAACACAUAGCAUAUGAUCGUCAUGGUCGUAAAUAUUGGUUUCUAGUCAGACGAAUUUUCGUCGAAAAUGAGGAGACCGGUGAAUGUUGGUAUUAUACGACGGAAGAGCAGCUUGGUCUUUUGAUGGAUUCUUUAGAUCCUGAAAUGGAAUCUGUUUUAUAUAAUGAAAUAGAAAAAAGUAGAGAGGAAAUCAAUCGACAAAUGAGAAUAACUAUGAAUCUUACUUCUCAAUAUAGACCAUCAAAUAGGAAAUCGUUUUUGGAGAUGGAAAACAGUAGUAUUAUUGCAAUGAGAGAAGAAAUGAAAAAGAAAAAAGAAAACGAAUCCGAACAAAACACCAGCAACGAUAAUAGUAUUAAUUCUAAGGACGAUGAAUUGAAUCAGUCUUGUAGUACUGAAAAAAAUGACAAUACAAAUGAAGCUAAUAAAAAUGACAACAACGAAACUGAUCGAAAAUAUGAAAAUUCAAUGGAUGUAGAUGAAGCAAUUGUGGAUGGCCAAAGAGUCACACGUAACCGAUCCUUACGACCGAGAACUACUUCAUUGACUCCCCGACAAACGCCUGAACAGCCAAAAAAAUCUACUAUGGAGAAACAAUCUCCUGUUCACUCCUAUAUAGAAAAUAUUGGAGCUCGAUUGACGAGAUUCAAAGCUCAACACAUAGCAGCCGGGACUUAUCUGUACAAACUUGGUAUGGAUAACGGCUUCAAGACUUAUGUAAAUCAAUAUAGCUCAAACCCAACGGCAUUAAAUAAAAUCCAAAAGAACGAAGAGCGAGAUAAAAAGAGAUACAUGUCUCAUAAAUUUUCGUUAACAGGUCCUGGUGAAUUUAAAUGGAGUGGCCAAACAAUUGGAUCUAAAACGGCACUCAUUAGUACAGUGAAGCAAACUAUUAUUGCACUGGACAACGCUUUGCCAACAUCGUUGAUGCAUAUUAAUUGGCCAUUGUUGCGUAAACCUUGGUUAAAUCAAGUCAAUUCUUGUACCUCUCCAAAGGACUUUGCAAGGGUUAUAGUUGUGUUGAUGUCUUGUAUUAAACCGGUUGUCUACGCUUCAGUAUGGCAUGAACAACUCGGGCAUGUAAAACUUUAUCGAAUCACUCACGCCGAACGGGAAGAAAGAAAAAAGACUGACAAAAAAGAUAAAAAGGAAAAAGAUGCCGAAGAAGAUGAACGUAAUAGGCUGACGAUUAAUUUUGUUAAAUACACGCUUGGUCUAAAACAUCAGGUCCAUAAACAAAAAGGUGAAGAAUACCGAAUCCAUGGCCAAUGGGGAUGGCAAUGGCUAUCUAAAACACGAGACUAUAAACUAGCAGAUGCGUCAAAACAGGGUUUGGCAGCUGGCCCUGCUAAAAGAAUCUUUCAGGGUAAAGAUGAAAAUGGCAUUCAAACAUUUUCCAUCCCAGAAACAUUGUACGAAUCUGUAAUUACUAAAGAAUGCUUGUUUGAUUCAGAAGUAUCAUGCGAAAUUUCUAACAAUCAAAAUGUUACUCAUUUAGAUAAUGUUUCUGAUAUUGAUUUUUCUAACUUGAAAAUUCUUACGCCCGUCGACAAAUUAGAUGAUGACAUAAACUUGAGCAGCGCGUUGUGGUCGACUAGUCGCAUAUUAUAUCCAAAGCUCGCUAAAAAAUGUAAAACCGACAUGUUGCUACCAAGGAGAAUGCAGUUAAAGAUAGGCGAAGAGCGAUCGUUAAUGGCUAAAAACCAGCCAGAGCAACCACCGUCUGAUGCUAACAAAACUACAACUGCCGCCAGUGCCCCGGAAUCGGCAGAAUUACUUGCCAAAAUGCGUGAAAAAUCGUACAUGUUGAGUACACUACAAAAACGAGUGAUCGAGUUAAAACAACAUUACCUAUCUUUUAACACCAUGUCCGAGCACAUGAUAUGUUACAACAGAAGUUGCAGAGCAGCGAACAAGUCCAGUAUGACGGCUUCAUGUUAUAGUCCACUUUGUGUGAGACACGUUAAUGUUAGGAAUGAGCUACUUGCAUUGUUACGUAGGAUGAAUGUUUUGAAAUCUGAAUUAACUGAUUUGAAAGCGCUGUUGCCUAAAGACCAAAUCUUGUCAUCAAAUACUAUUAAGACUGAAAAUGUUCAACCUACAAAUCCUCCAACCGAGGUAAAGCCUAGUACUGUAGUUAAGAUUGAGGAAGUGAAAAAAGACGAAAACGCCGAUGGAAAAUCAGAACAAGUGAAUGUAGUAAAACCAGACAAUGACACAGUUGUUAAAACUGAAGUUACUACUACCACUGAACAAAAAGAAAUCAAGUGUGAAAAGACCGAAGAGGUAAAUCAAAAGUCGGACGCCACGAGCAGCCCAUCAGGACAAAGCGUAAUGAAACCAGCAAGAAAGAGAGGUGGUGCCAAGCGUGAAGGUAUAUUAAUUGACUGUGUGGAUGACGGACGUGUGUACUCAACAAGUGACACUCGAAAAAAAAUUUAUUUAAAGAAACUUCCUAUGAACUCAACCAAUGUCCGUAAGAAGCCAGAAAAAAUUAAAUACCCUCCAACAUCGCGAUUCUAUACACGUAACAAAAAAUGUAGUUUACUAGUAUUACCAAAACAUGAACUCCGUAAAUUAGCAAGGCACGCGGGACUUGACGUAAUCAACGGUUUCAAUCCAAAUGCCAAAACUAAUAACUCCAUGUGGCCUUAUCCUUGUUCGAGGCCCUAUUUUAAAACUUGCUGGCUGUACAGAACAAUUACAUUUAAUACCAUAUCGGCCGCUGCGUUGCAAUUGAGAAUACUGUGGGCAUGUUUGAAGUGGGACGAAUUGACUGCUAAAACUGCUCAUCUGGCGAGCAAACGUGAAGUUACAACUGAAACUGAGUUGGUCACAACGGAGACACUCGAAUGUCGAACAUCUGGACAAUUUAACGAGCGCACUGAAUACUUAAUACGCAAAGUUGUUAUACCAUUAGAUAUACCAAGACAAGUUAGAGAAGUAACGCCUAUAAGGAGUGGUUUAAGGAAACGCAAAAGAGAAGAAGCCCCUAGAAAUACAGCACCGCAAGUGUCCGAAGUAUGGGUUGACGAGAGUAAAUUAGAACUUGUUGAAAUAAAACAGUUCCACGAAAGAGUUGAACGAGAACUGCAAAUGCAACAAGCCAUGAAGACUCGUGCGGCUACUGCCUUUUCAAAUAGACAUGUAGGUAACGAUUCUCACAACAGAAGUCCUUACGAUAAACAACGUGUACAGAAUUCUGAAACGUCAGAAAAUAUCAAAGAACAACUUGAACAGUCACUCAGGGCUCAGCGUUUAGCGUACAAACGAUCUUCGACGUCCAAUGAUUUGAAUACUCCCAACAAGAGAUUGUGUUUGGACACGUCAAACUCGCAAACUCCUGUCACAAGCAGCACGACACAUCGCAUGAAGCUUGUGCCUGGUGAAGGUGGACGAUUGAGACUGAUGCCGAAUAAUAAACCAACUGGUCAGAGCCCUAAUUUAACACAAAACUCUCCCAGAGUCGCUGCCAAAUCUACUACACCGGCUACUCGUCGUAUAUUCAUGACUAAAUGUCCAGAUGGCAAAACCAGAAUCGUAGCUACUCCAAAAGCAAUAAUAAGUGAUGGAAGUGUAAUAAAUCAAAAUACCUUAAAAAUUCAAUCUAGCAACCCUCAAAUAAUAACAACAAACACCAUGACUCAACAGAAAUUACAGUGCAUUAAAGGUGAAGAUGGUAAAAUACAAGUGAAAGGUCUUCUACCAGGACAACAAUUAAUUCAGUUGCCUGAUGGAAAAUUACAUGUCACGACUAGUUAUGUUAAUCAGUCUUCGUCUCCACGAACAGUACAAAUAACCAAAAAUGCUUUGUUGGCCAACAAUAAUAACUUCAGCAAAACUGGAACUCAAACAUUGAUAUUGAACCGAGGGCAACAACAAGUAUUAAAACCUCAAUCGUCUCAGGUUGUUGUCUCUGGUGGUCAGCUAGUAAGUGUCUCGCAGGGUCAACAAAUGAUUGUCCAACAACUGAAUCCCACUAAAGCGACUAUAGCCACUAUUAAUGGUCAACAAGUUUUAAUACGACCCAAUACUGGAAAUACUGCUAACAUAUUAAGCAGUGGUAGCCAGACAAUAAAAUUGAUACGACCCCAACAAACGAUUCAAAAGAUUAAUCCCGCUGUGCCUCCAUUAGCUCCUCGUACUUCUCAAUCUACCACUCAUGAACAACAAACUGCUAACACGCUGGCAAACAGUGUAGACGAACAAGAAAAAUUAUUGUUGGCCAAUCAGCCCCCCGGUACCGUUAUCAAAUGUAUCACUGCACAAGUUAUACAAAGUCCUACCCAGGGCAAUAAGAUUGUGUUGCAAGGUUUACAAGGAAAUGAUUUUACACCUCAACAACUUCAACUUGUGCAGCAACAAGUCAAGCAACAAUUGUUAAAAGCUCAAGAAUCUAGCGGUACACAAGGGGUGUUAGGUCCUACGAAAAUCUAUCUCGCUGUACAACCUCCCGAUUCUCAUAAUUCAUCCACGCCCACAACUAAAACAUCCAAUACGGCAUCUUCAGCUCCAACCCUGACACCUGCACAGACGACAACAAAACCAGUUGAAAUAGCCCCGCGUCCAACUGUGCCUGAACUUAAUAACACAUCAGAAAAUUUGACUGUACCUACUGAUAUUCCAUCAAACAAAGGUUUAAUAAUUAAAGAGGAAGUAGAUGAUUCUACAAACUCGUUUGUAGUAACGCCGAACUACAUUAGUCAAACGAUUAAAAACGUUUUAAAAAACGAAGACUUAAAUCCAGAAACGCAAGAGAAACUGUUGCAGCUUCAAAAAUACCAAGAGCAAAAGUUACGUGAUCCUGUGCCAGUACAAACAGUGUCCUCGUCUACAGUGAAACGAUCGCAUGAUGCAAACGAUACCGAUUUAGAACCACCGAAAAAAAUUGCUCAACGUGAAAACUCAGGGUCGAUAGUACCUCCUGAACAAUCAAAAUUAUACCAAACAUUGAAACAAGGCGAAGAUCGUCGAAAACUGCAGCAGCUCCAAUCAAAACUCCAGGUUAGCUUGUUCAAACAGAAAGAGCUAUUGAAAAAAGAUAUAUUAAAAAAACGGGCGCUUCUGGAAAAAGAAUUGCAGAUUGAUAUUCAGAAUGAAAUAGCCGCCAACGUAACGGUUACUUCUGCUGACUCUACUACCACUACAAACAAAGUUACUGAAAAGUCUCCCACGCCUUUACUAGCCACACCUCCCCCUCAAGGGAGCAGCAAACGAAAACACGCUUCAGGGCCGCCAACCACCAUACAGACAUCACCUCAUCCAAAUAGUAAUUCUAAAAUCAACAACUCGGGACCUGGACGAAGACGAGUUAUUAAAAAUUCACCACCUACGCCUAAUAAAAAUAACUCUAGACCUUCGAUGACACCGACUCGCAAAAGUUCUAGUCCUAAAAAGAAUAAAAAAGAAAAAAUAAUGUGUAUAUGCCGUACUCCUUAUGAUAGUUCCCAGUUUUACGUCGGUUGUGAUAUGUGUCACAACUGGUUCCACGGCUCCUGUGUUGGCAUUACCGUGCAAAUGUCUAAAAAGAUAAGUGAAUGGUUUUGUCCGGAAUGCAAACGAUCCAAAGAUCCAGAAGUUCUUUAUUGUAUAUGUAAAAAACCGUAUGAUGAACAACAAUUUUACAUUUGCUGUGACAAAUGUCAGGAUUGGUUCCAUGGAAGCUGUGUUGGCGUUUUACAAUGUGAAGGAGAUAAAAUGGAUGACUACAAUUGUCCCAAAUGUAUGCCCGACUCAGAAAUUAACUUCGCCAACCUAAACCCAUUAAAUCAAAACGAUAACGAAGACUUGACUAAACUCAUCAAACAAAUACAAGCUCAUAAAAGUGCGUGGCCAUUUAUGGAUCCAGUUGAUCCACAUGAAGCUCCUGAUUAUUACACUGUAAUUAAAGACCCUAUGGAUUUAAACUGUAUUGGUAAAAAUGUAGGAGAUAAAAAAUACAAAACGCUCACGGAAUUUAUUCGUGACAUGAUCAAAGUAUUCGACAACUGUAGAUUUUAUAAUCCUCGAGAAUCACAAUUUUACAAAUGUGCUGAAAUUUUGGAGCAGUUUUUUGUAUCUAAACUGAAGAAUUUCAGAGAUAAAUUAUGUGAACAAUACAUGGAAGCAUAAUGAUUUUUUUUGGCACAUUUGCUGAUCUUCACGUUCAUGUUUUGAUAAUUGCUAUUUGUUUUUUUCAUAUAUUAUAACUAUUAUUUUAUUGAUUUACAAUUACAUAUAACUGUUUUUUCUUCUUGCAAAUAAAAUAAUGAUUGUACUUUUAAUUAAUAUUUUAUUCAAUUUUAUAAUUUAUUAAUUUAUUAUUACUGCAAUAAUUGUUGAUUUAACAGGGAGAAAAAAUUGGUAUUUUUAAUUAAUUUUAUUGUUCGUUUGGAUGGCCCUAUAUAUUAUACGGACUGAUAUUAUUUAUGCCUUAAAAAACAUAACGUAAUUCUAAUUUAUAUAAUGUGAAACUACGUUAUUGACAUAGUUCAAAUCGAUUAUAUUCAGUCAACAAUUUAUUAUGUAAUUAUGUGUAUAUAAGCAAUUGUAACUAAUUUUUUAUACACUUUUUUCUCUAUAUAUAUAUAUAUAUUUUUAUACUUAUGAAUGAUAAUAUAUUGCACUAAUAACAGCUCGAAGCGCUCAAUCCAAAUGAAAUCAGAAUAUAUUUUGUAGUAGUAAUGUACAGAUAUAUAUAUAUAUAUAUAUAAAAUAAAGUAAUAUUAAUAAAAAAGAAGAAAAUUGUAACACGAACAAACACGCUCAUGUUCGCGACAUUGUUAUUUUAAUAAUAUAAUUUAUAUUAUAUUAUUUAUUAAUGCUUUAAUUAAACUUCAAAACAUGUUCAAAAAACCAAAAGUAAUAAAAAAAAUGUUUUAUUAAAUUAUCACACUGUAUAAAGUU